UGCAAUACAUUCUUUCAUAUUGGACAUUGAUGAUGAAGUUGUGAUGAAUCAUUUUAGCAAAGAAGAAAUGGAGGAAAUAGAUCAGACACCGGGUCCCGUCAUUCCUGAAUUGGCUGAAAAUGUGACAGAUUGUUUAUGUAAAUUUGUUGACAAGACCAAUUUAAAUGAAAUCAGAAAAAUCAUCAGAGAAAUUAGCUUUGAUGAUAAAUAUAAUUUUGAAAAAGAUCACGAUGUUGAUUAUAUCAUAUUCGCUAUACAUGCUUUGGUACGAGAAAUAGAGAGUGGGAAAUUAUAUAACGACAACCUCGAAGCGUGGUUUAAUGUUCACAUUUGGAAUUUUAUAUUUGAUCAAGCAUUUGGAAACGUGAAGAUUAUUUCAGUUGUCAGAGGGGAAAGUUCGGGAAUUGCCAGUUCAAUUCGAAAAAAUAAAAAUAGGAAAUUAGGUACAUAUCGUAGAAUGGGUCAUAGAGGAGAUUGGAUUUUAAGAUCAACCGGUAAAGGUGACAAUGAUGAAUUUGGGGCUGGCGAAGCGGGAAAAAACUGGAAAGAUAAAUAUGGUACUAAGUUUUUAAAGGAAGCUGGUUUAAAACUUCCGAAGAAUUUAAAAGAUAUGAUGAUGAAGUUGAUGGAAAAGGUUAAAUGGAACCCAGCAAAAUAUGACAAAAUUCAAACGGUUGGAAUUAUCCAUGCCGGGCUACUUAUGGUAAUGCUUUAUCUCGACAACCCCAAGGGAUAUAUUUGUAGGAUUCGUCGCAGUGAAUUAAUGGAGGUACCGGAUACACCGGAAAAAUUUUCAUCUAUUCUAACCAUAUUAGCAUCGGUUCUCAAUUUGAAGAGUCGAAUUCAAGAAUCCUUCAAAGCUGUAAUAAACUCGAAAGAAAAUCAAGACAAGAGAUCUUUCAUUGAUGCAGGAUUAAAAAAACGAAAAUAUAAUCAUGAUCAGCAUCAGUUAACUAUUUGCAUAUCAACUCCUGAAAAAAAGAGGAAAGAUAAUAACGGUUCAAACUAA